AUGUCUGUGGGGGGUCGGGGAGAGAUGGAGGGAGGCCCCCUGCGUGAGGCCACCCUCAGUGGCAGCCCUGCUCAGAAACGCGUAAAUCGCCCCCAGCCCCAGGCCGGCAGCAUUUCGCCCCUCCCCCACCGCCCAGGCCCGCACUCCCAGGUGGGCGACUCCCAGCGAGGCCACCGCAGACCUUCCUCCCCUCCCAGAUACGAGGCCGCCAUCCGGAGCCCCCACCCCACCCCCGCUCUGGCACCUCGACGGCGAUCAGCGCCCAGACACCCCUUCUCUGCCUCCAUACAACCAAGGCAGCCGCGAUCGGCCGGCUUCCAGAAGGCUCCGUGCACCCCCACCCCGUCCCCUCUGGGCCCACCCCCAUCCACGGAGCCCACAGACGGCCCUCCCACACCCCCAGGCCUAGACCUGUCACCCAAGGCCCAGCGCUCACAGGCACUCGCGACUCAGGCCACCAACCCUCCCAAGAUGCACCUGCGACCCCCGCGCCCAGCCGCCUGCCACGGCCACGGCCGCGGCCGCGGCCACCCACGCGGCCGCCCAAGUGCAGUGUGCGCGGGGGCGCGCGGGGGCUGCGGCGGCCGUGGCCGGGACUCCCACGCGCCCCCGCCCGCGCGCGCCCGCGCCCGGGAGCGCCGGGUGCGGACCUGGAGCCGAAACUGCAGCGUCGCCUCGCGCAGUGGCCGCCGCGCCGAGCCCCCCGCCCGCGCCCCGCCGGACCCGCCCCCUCCGCGCGCGCCCCCGCCGGCCGCUGGCGACCGAGCGAACGUGCGGUGGCCGAGCGCCGCCGCGGCGCUGCAGGGCGCCUUGUAA